AAUAGAGGAGCUAUGUCCUUUCGUUCGCGCUUUGUUGGUUGGUUCGCUACGCGUCAGCACGCGUCAGUUCGUCCCGAACUGUCGGGUAGGUGUGUUGGUUUGGUAGGAGUUCCGUUACCGCGUUCAAGUUCUCGCACAUAGUUUGAUCCAAUAGUUUUCUUUCCCCCGCAAGUACACGCUUCGGAGAAGUGUGUCAGUGCUUUUAUCUGUGCCAAUUUGUGGAUUUGGAUAUGCCCGCAGACACGGAUUAUACCUCCGGAUCUAACAUGGUUUACGCGACGCUGCUCAUGGAUAAUGGAGGAAUGUUUUGUCCGUGAAUCUCCCUUUUGAUCGAGAUGCGAAGCAUUAAAGGAUGCGGUAGUGGAUUCGCAGUGUUGGAGUCCUUUUACGGGCAUCGAAGAUAGAAUUUAGUGAAGAAAGAUAUUUCUCACAAGAACGGAAGGAGAGGAAGAAAUCUAGAUGCUAGGCCGAAUCAAAACGAAGUAGAAAAGAGAAAGAGCGAAAGAAAGAGAAUUAUUAUCGAAAAGAAGAAGCGAGAACGAGAGAAGGGAAGAGAGAGACAAAAAGAGAGAGAGAGAGAGAGAGACAGAGAGGGAUGGGCGCUGGGAUGGGAAGGAGCGGCACGAGUGGCGGUCUUCUUGAAGCACUUCCCACAGGAACUCCACUCCACGUGGCGAUGCUUGGUCUCGACAGCGCCGGAAAGACGACCGCCCUAUACAGACUCAAAUUCGAUCAGUAUCUCAAUACCGUACCGACCAUUGGCUUCAACUGCGAAAGAAUUCGUGGCGGUAUUGGAAAAGCUAAAGGUGUUAAUUUCCUUGUGUGGGACGUCGGUGGACAAGAAAAGUUACGGCCGUUAUGGAAAUCUUACACGAGAUGUACCGAUGGCAUUAUUUUUGUCGUUGAUUCUUGCGACACCGAGCGGCUCGAAGAGGCAAAAAUGGAGCUUACCAGGACGGCAAGAAGUCCAGACAACGCGGGUGUGCCGAUUCUAAUUCUUGCCAAUAAACAAGAUUUGCCUGGUGCAAAAGAAGUUGGCGAAUUGGAGAAGCAUUUGGGAGUGUUGGAAUUAGCCGAAAUGCCAGGCAGCUCUUGUAUUCGUGUGCAACCGGCGUGCGCUAUUACAGGCGAAGGACUUCACGAAGGUUUGGACAUGUUGUAUCAGUUGAUCUUGAAACGACGCAAGCUGGCCAAACUGAAUCGGAAACGAGCUAGGUAGGCCAGGGCUUCGGAAGACUGCACAUGCGUCUUCUGAUAUUGUCGAUCGCGGACAGCCUCCCCUUUGGCGAUGCUUUCCAUAACUUCCACCUCGUCCUCUCUUUCCAAUUGUGAUGAAGAUAUAGCAUAUUGACUUGAAAGAAGUGAACGACGACCAGGAUUGCAAUCACCUCUCUCUGACUUUCGCUCUCGGUGAGAUGCUGUUAGAAUUAUUUGGAGCUUGCGUCGAUUUUUAGGUGUGAGUUUAUGUGUGUAUGUGAGUUUAUAAAUGUACAUAUAUAUCGGUCUAGAGCUGCAUAUAUAUAUAUAUAUAUAUAUAUAUAUAUAUAUAUAUAUAAGAAAAAAUGGAAAAGGGAUUAAUGACUGUUCCUAGGUUGUUGCAUAUAAAAUUUUUUUACUAAAAAUUGAGAUUCAAUAUUAUACAACUUUAAUUAAAAUAUGUUGAACGAUAUAUUAGUAUUUUUUUUCUUUUGACAAUAAGAAAAAUGUAACUGGACGGGGUGUGUUUGAGACAUUUACAAAUUUUGUAUCAUAAAGUAUUGAUUUGUCACUUGCACAAUUUGAUCGGUAUAAAUUUAAAUAAGUUUACAAAUUUGACAUAAAUUAGACAUUGUACUGUUAUAUAUUACGAGUUUUUCUUUUUGAAUGAAAUUUAAUUUUAUGCUGAAUUGAUUUUAUUUUGUAUGCAACAAUGUAAUGAUUAAAAUGAUCGUAAAUAUAAACGUGUGACGAUGCUAGUCGACUGAGGAAAAUCUAUCGUUGCGAUAAAGAAAAUGAGUCGAUGCGAAAGUGGUAUAAAUAUAAGUAAAUAGUUGUAAAUAAAUUUGCGAAGUUGUAAUUUCAUGCUGGCACAAAUUUUAAAUGCAAAAAUGCAUUAACACGAGCAACGAACGUUAAUCAACAUCCGAAAAUCUGUGGCAAUAUAAAUUGUCAUAAAUUAUUUAGCAACAUUGGAUAUUAUUGCUGCGAAGGUUAAUUAUUGCCAUAUUUUUUAAAUACAAAACAACAUAGCAAUAUAUUCUAUUUACAUACACGAGUAAUCGGAUGCUAUAAUUUUAUUAUUUUGUAAAGUUUAUACCGUAUUGUAAAUUUUUUCUCACUUAUUGGACAUAUUAGACAUACGAAAUUUAUUGUUAAAGAAGUAUUGUUUUGAAAAUCUGAUACUAUUUUGUUAAUUUCAUUUUAUUCUUUAUAGAAUUAUUCUAAUAAACGAUCUUGCCAGCACCGUACAUGGCAAGUAUGUUACUAUGACGUGCCAAUUCGUCAUAUGUUACGUUGUAACGAUGUCUCAAUUAGUGUUCGUAACGUGAUUGACACAUUACACGUACCUAACAAAUUCCCGAUGACAGAAAUAUGAAAAUAGUGACGUAUAUUUGUAACUUUAUGCAAUUAAAAAAUGGUUGACCAAUUUUGAGAAUUAAAGAUUGGUUUUUACUAUAUUAUUUAUGUAUAAAAAUAUUUAUGUAUAAUAGUAGUUAGUCUUCAAGGCACUUUUUUCAUUAUCAUUAGAAGAUAAAUAAGAAAUUUCAUAAAUAUUAUGGCCUGGAAAUUCAUACAAGUUCCCAUGUCAUACAAUAAAGCAUCGCGUGUAUGUUUACAGUUAGCAAACCGCGCACUAGCUGAUCAUCACACACAUAAACAUACAUGCACACAUGCGUAUGCACUCGCGUGCGCGCGCGCGCACACACAUACGCACACGAUUCAUGCGUUACGGUGCUCACCUACACAAGAUCUUGAACUUUUGAAUUAUAUCAGGGACUCCUCAA